GAUCUCGAAUAGCAGGAUGGAAGAACUCUGACAGAGAGACGAACAACGGGUGGGCCUUUUCAACAUGGAGACUGUUCCGGUUGAUGGGGAAUUCGAGAGAAAUUUACAGUGGUAACAAACAGCGAUGAGGCACAGCAUUUAACUCCAGGAAAAAUGAGCCAGCACCAGGGGAAAGAAGUCUAUUUUACUCCAACCAAAGAGUUACACCAACCUUCUCUCAGCCCAGGAUCUGCCCAUGGUUAUGAAUGUGAGGUAAAAGGCUGUUACUGCAACACUCUUGUUCCAAGCAGCUAAUGCUAACCAGCUUUCACAGAGAACAUAAUCCUUACACAAACACCUUAACUCAUGAAGGAAGAGGGUCCAGUGCGACGUAGGUUUUCUUCAUGUGCUGGGAUUUCAUCUGUGUUUUCUGCAAGAGCUGAUGGCCGAAAGCUUGUCCGGAAUGCUUCAUUUGGAGGAUAUAACGAACUCUCUCCUGCUUUACCAGGUUUUGACAAAGGGAAGGAUGAUGUGUCACAAAGUAAAGAGGAUACGUCACAUUCUAUGUCAAAAAGCAAGUCUGAAUCCAAGCUUUUCAAUGGCUCCGAGAAGGACAUCUCUUUAUCUGCAAGCAAACUUACAAAAAAGGAAUCUCUCAAGGUUCAAAAGAAAAAUUACAGAGAAGAAAAGAAGAGAGCUACAAAAGAAUUACUUAGCACUAUCACAGACCCAUCAGUUAUUGUUAUGGCUGACUGGUUGAAGAUUCGUGGUACCUUGAAAAGCUGGACCAAACUGUGGUGUGUACUGAAACCAGGAGUGUUGCUUGUUUACAAAACCCCCAAAAAUGGCCAGUGGGUGGGAACAGUGCUCCUGAACGCUUGUGAACUCAUUGAGAGGCCUUCUAAAAAAGAUGGCUUUUGUUUCAAACUUUUUCAUCCUUUGGAGCAGUCCAUAUGGGCUAUAAAGGGUCCCAAAGGUGAAGCUGUUGGUUCUAUAACUCAGCCGUUGCCCAGCAGUUAUUUGAUCAUCCGAGCCGCCUCAGAAUCAGAUGGCAGGUGUUGGAUGGAUGCCUUGGAGCUGGCACUGAAGUGUUCAAGUCUGCUUAAACGAACAAUGAUUAGAGAAGGUAAAGAGCACGACUUGAACUCCUCAACAGACAGUACUCAUGUCUCUCUCUACGGUCUGCUUCGUGCUAACAACUUGCACAGUGGAGAAAACUUACCGUUGAAUGACAGUGAAAUUGAAAGGCAUCACUUUAAAGAUCAUGAUACGUACUCUGACAAAUCUGAUAAGGAAAAUGACCAUGACCACGAAGAAUCUGAUAAUGAUGGGUUGGGGAAAAGCGAAGAAAGUGACAGCGACACAUCGGAGCGGCAGGAUGAUUCUUACAUUGAUCCAGAACCAAUUGAUAUCAAGGAAACUACUUACGUAGAACAGAGUCAUGAAGAACUUGGGGAGGCGGGGGAGGCUGCUCAGACAGAAGUAGUGUCAGAAGAAAACAAAAGUCUGAUCUGGACACUACUGAAGCAAGUCCGGCCAGGAAUGGACUUGUCCAAGGUUGUACUGCCUACAUUUAUCUUGGAACCUCGUUCUUUCCUGGACAAGCUGUCUGAUUACUACUACCAUGCAGACUUUUUGUCUGAAGCUGCUCUUGAAGAGAAUGCUUACAACCGCAUGAAAAAAGUAGUGAAGUGGUAUUUGUCAGGAUUCUACAAAAAGCCAAAGGGACUAAAAAAGCCGUACAAUCCUAUACUUGGUGAGACCUUCCGCUGCAUGUGGAUUCAUCCAAGGACGAAUAGCAAGACUUUUUACAUUGCAGAACAGGUGUCACAUCAUCCUCCAAUAUCUGCCUUCUAUGUUAGCAACCGCAAGGAUGGUUUCUGCCUUAGUGGUAGCAUUCUGGCCAAAUCAAAAUUCUAUGGGAAUUCAUUAUCUGCCAUACUAGAUGGAGAAGGACGGCUAACAUUCCUGAACAGGGGAGAAGAUUAUGUAAUGACAAUGCCAUAUGCUCACUGUAAAGGAAUUCUUUAUGGCACAAUGACCUUAGAGCUUGGGGGAACAGUCAACAUCACUUGUGAGAAAACUGGUUACAGUGCAACAAUUGAAUUCAAACUUAAGCCUUUUUUGGGCAACAAUGACAGUGUUAACCAAAUAUCAGGGAAAAUUAAGCUUGGCAAAGAAGUUCUGGCUAUUUUGGAGGGUCACUGGGACAGUGAAGUUACCAUUAGUGAGAAGAAGACAGAUGUUUCAGAGACAUUCUGGAACCCAACGUCUGAUAUCAAGCAGCGUAGAUUACCAAGGUACACAGUGAAGUUUGAAGAGCAAGAUGACUUUGAGUCAGAGAAGCUUUGGCAACAAGUGACAAGAGCAAUAAAUAAUAAAGACCAAACGGAAGCUACUCAAGAGAAGUAUGUUCUGGAAGAAGCUCAGAGAAAGAGUGCCAAAGAGAGAAAACUGAAGGGUGAAGAGUGGGUGUGCAAACUGUUUGAUCAGGAUUCAGUCACAGGCGAAUGGCACUACAAAUAUGCAGAUACCAGACCAUGGGACCCUUUGAAUGAUAUGAUCCAAUUCGAAAAAGAUGGCACCAUCCAAACAAAAGUUCGACAUCGGACACCAAUGGUUAGUGUUCCAAAAAUCAAACGAAAGCCAGCCAGCCAGAAGAAAGGAGAGUGUGGUUUCUCAUCCCCAGAGCCUGAUAACCAGGAUUCCUCUGGGAGUGAAGCACAACUUCUGAAGCAUAACACAAGAAUAAGGAAAAAAGGGGCAGACCUUGGUGAACUGCAGAGUGCCAUUGAAUCUAUAAAGGAAACGCAAGAAGAAAUUAAAAGGGACAUUAUGGCUCUGAGAAACAGAGUCACUUCUAAUACACCACCUGUGGACUACCAUUUCUUGCAGUUUAAGCACUAUGUCUUCAUUUCAGUCAUGGUUCUGCUACAGCUUGCCAUUAAUUUCUUGUUCAAAUAGGAAGUGUGAACAAGGGCCUUUCUGAACUGGAAUGAUCAAACUGUUACUGGGGACCAUAUUUUAAGUCAGACUUUAAAUGAUGCAAUAUUAUCUAAAAGAGCCCUGUAGCAACAGCUUACAGAACUUUGCCUCAGCAUCCAUGGUUCAGAAUCAUACUCCCCAUCUACCCAGUUGAAGUAAGAAUUGUGUAAGUGCCAGUACACUCUUGCUCCUGGUGUGUGCCUCUGUCUCACAUAUGACAUCAGCCUUGUGUUUUCUAUUACGUCAUACGCUGUACUGAUGAAUCUUCACCACAGACUAGAUGAAAUUGAGAAUUCAGAGGUCAGACGUUGUAGGUAGGAUGCAAUUCCUGUUAUGGUAGAAUGAUAAACAAGCAUACUUUGUUACAUUUAACCUUCCCAUUUUUGUAAAGAAGGAACUUUUGAAGUAGCCAACCGUUUUUGUAAAUGGCAUUGAGUGUUUGGAAGUAAACUUUUGUGUAAGGUCAAACAAAUACAUUAUUAUACAAAGAUAAUGAAUGUUAGGAACUAGCAGAAAGCUGACGUCUUUGGGAAUUCUGCAGUGUGAUGUCCUUGAUUUGUUUUGGAAGUAUGAGUUUUUAUCCUGAAUUAUUACUACAGUGGCUUGUAAGCCAGCUGUUUUAUUUUUAUAGUUUUAAAAUUUCUGAUUCUUCAUAGAGACAUUCCUGCA